AUGGCCUCCUUCAAGACUUUCAUCCUCUUGCUUGUUGCUGCCGCUAAUUUGUGUUUUGCUGAAAAUCCGCUCUGCGAGCCAUGCAAGAAAGCGGUUGCCCAAAUGAAGGCUGAUGGCGGAAUCGCGUGGAUGCAAAAUUUGUCUCAACAGCAAAUCAACGACUACAUCAAAGAGCGCGUCAACAAAUUCUGCACCGCUGAUACCAAACAGUGCAACAAAAUGACGACAGAUUUGAUUGACAUCGCUGACAUCAUUGAUGACGACAAUUCCGAGCAUACUCCAGAAGUAUUAUGCGAGUUCACGUAUUUCUGCAAUUAA